GUAGGUUCCAAAGAGGACAUUAGUGCAGACAGUGCCUGCCUAGCCCAUGAGCGGAUCAGAGGGUCGGGAGAAUAGAUCUGACGAUAGGAGGCAGACACGACGGGAUACCGGUAGGAUACCCGUUGUGUUCCAGGUUCUACUACCAGGAGACGAGAUAAGGUUUGCGGUCGAAGCAAGGGUCCGCAAUCUAGAGACUGCGAGAGGGGCAGCAGCGACAGCUGAACGAGCGUUGGCAGCAGCAGCAGCAGCAGCUAGCGCAGUAGCAAUGGCUACCUCUUCAGCCACCUCUGCUGCAAACUCUAUUGGUCAGAGUUUGGGUAUGCCACCCAACGCGACCAGUUCACAGUCCAUCUCCAAUACGUCAGGAGCUGGCACUAGUCAGAUGGCAGGUUCGCAGUUCAGCUCGCCACCUCCACGCACCCGGGAGCAGAUGGAGCUCCGACAAGUAGAAAGGAUUCGCUUAAGGCUAGAGGAGGAACUCAGACAGGCAACUAAAAGAGAGAAAGAGAUUAGAGACAGGAGUGUCAGACUAGAGGGUAGGGAGGCAGACAAGGCUACACUAGAGGGGUUAGAUGACUCGACCCUUAGCAAUAAUGAAAAGAUUCUUAAGGCGAGCAUCAUGGUUAUGCACGCAUACAUGGACAGUAAAUUGGAUACCAUCCAGGACACCUUGGACCAGAUCCUGAACGCCAUGCACAUCCCAGGAAUCAAGUCGGCAGUCUUGCAAUCGCUGCCAUUCUCAACGACGACAGGCCCCUAUGCCGCUCAGUCCGGACCACCACCAAGUGGUACAUCAACAACAGCCCUAUCUCAGACUGUUGCUUCUUCAUCUUCUGGUCCAGCGACUGGAGCUACACCACAAUCGCCACCUGUCCCGCCAGCGGGACAGCAAUUACCUUGGUACCCCAAGACCCCCCCGAAACCACCUCCAACCUUCUCAGGAGACAAGAAGGAUGAGGCUCUCGACACGUGGUUGAGAACGGUGCCAGUGUGGGUGAGGGCAAAGAGGACAUUGGUAGAGGAGGAGGUGAUAACUGCUACAUCCUACUUCGAGGGUUCACCAGCUCGUUGGCUGAAUGGAUUGGUAGCUUCAAAGGGGUUCGGCAGGAAUAUGGGUGAUUGGGCACAGACCUUCACCCUAGAGAGUUUUAUGGACUUAGUGGAACCACGAUGGCACAACCCUCAGCAGGCACAGAUUGUCAUUGAUGGGCUAUUAAAGCUUGAUGUUAGGAAGUACAAGUCAGUGCGAGAGCUUACCACGACCGUAGAGCGCAUGAUCGUUGUCCCAGGAGUGGAGUACAAUCCAUAGGUUUUAUUGACCAUGUUCUUGAGAUGUCUUCCCACAGACAUCAAGAACUUAUUGGCCAGCGAGGCUCGCCUAGAGUAUCACACCUUUGAGACAUUCAGUAAAAAGGCCCUAGACUU